AUGUUACGAAGUUUUGCUCUUGUCUUUCUUUGUCUGUUUGUUGUCUCUGGUGACGAAUCGUGCGACCGAAGUGAAAUGGAGAACACAAUUUGCAGUCUCUGUAGCCAACGAAGAGGAAGUGAGCUUCUUGAAGCAGGACAUCAGAUUGCCUUUUUUGCCUACAUGACACAAAAUGUUCAAAUAAGUAGCAUUUCCAAGCAUAUAGCAUUUGUAUACGAUCGGGUAGAAACCAACCAUGGCAAUGGAUAUGAUGUACAAUCUGGCAACUUUACAGCUCCAGAAAACGGGGUGUACGUUUUCCAUACCAGUUCGACUUCGUAUUACAAAUCUUUCUGCUCGGUAGAAGUUGUUAAGAAUGGCCAGAUUAAGGAUAUCACUUUUGCUGACUCAGGACAACAUGAUGACAGAGCGAUGGCCUCUUCAUUGACCAUUCUCAGUUUGACGAAAGGGGACAUUGUUCACACCCGGGUGGGUGAAGCAAGAGGUGGAAGCCAUCUUGAGAGUAAUCGAUACACCAGAAUGAGUUUCUCAGGAUUUAAACUGGCAUAA